AUGCCAAAUGGUUCAGUCAUCAAAUUUGACAAGAAAUGGAAUCAAGAAAAAUGGCUAUGGAUACGCAAUGAGUAUCGGAAUUUUCUGACCUAUUCUGAAGAUGUAAACGUUUUCAGUUUCGGACUUCUCGGAUAUGAUUUCCUCUGCUUCGAUAAAGGAGAUCCAUCUGCGUCAGUGAUAAUGCAUAAAUCUUCUAUCAGCCACGUCAUCAUUGCAAUUGUAAUAAUUGUAUAUUUGUACUUUCCUAUGGUUAUGCAUUUUUCAGCUCCGCAGGGAGAAUCAAAAUUAAUGAGAGGUAUUCUAUUGUUUAUAUCCUUAAUUCAAUUCCCAUUUAAUGUUUUUCUUGUAAUUUUAAGUACUUUCUGUCCAAUUGUGUCGACCUUUAUUUCUACAUGUUGA